AAAGAAGAAGAUCCGCGCUCAAAGAUGACGUCAGCACCCGACGUAAUGUAGUUCACUGCUUCCACGCUGUUUCGAAUCUUCUGUAGCUCGUUUAUUUUCCUCGUGUGAAGACCUUUUCGUGGUUUGAAAUAACAAGCAGUUUCCAGAGAAUAAAUAAGAAGAUUGACAUUUACAAAAACGACCCCUAUGAAGUUGCAAGGACCCAAUUUCUCUGUGAGAACAUUAGCUUAGCGUAGCAGAACCUCAUCAAACUGUAGCUAAUGCAAACAACAUGAGGCAUCAGUUUCUUAAACUGUAGCCAGGCCUAGCUAACUUAUUAGAGCAACGUUUGAUUUACAUUUUAAGCGGCUGAGAUGAACAGUGAAAACUUCACCCUCAGUGAGAAGAUAGUGUCAUCCUCCUACAUUCGACAGGGGUCUCAGGCCCGACGUGGCCACGAGCAGCUCAUCAGACAGUUACUGGAGCAGGGUAAGUGUCCAGAAGAAGGAUGGAGUGAGAGCACCAUAGAGCUGUUCUUGAACGAACUAGCUUUGAUGGACAGCAACAACUUCCUUGGCAACUGUGGCGUAGGAGAGAGGGAGGGCCGGGUGGCAUCUGGCCUUGUUGCAAGAAGACAUUAUAGGUUGAUCCAUGGCAUAGGUCGGUCAGGUGACAUUGCUGCUAUUCAGCCUAAAGCUGCAGGAUCAAGUCUGCUUAACAAGCUGACCAACUCAGUUGUGCUGGACAUCUUGAGGCUUUCAGGUGUCCGGAGUGUGGCCAGCUGUUUUGUUGUUCCCAUGGCAACAGGAAUGAGCUUGACUCUCUGCUUCCUGACCCUUCGUCAAAAGAGACCCAAAGCUCGCUACAUCAUUUGGCCUCGCAUCGAUCAGAAGUCCUGUUUCAAAUCUAUGAUCACUGCAGGCUUUGAACCUGUGGUUGUGGAGAAUGUACUUGAAGGAGAUGAGCUGCGAACAGACUUGGAAGCAGUUGAACACAAAAUCGAGGAGCUUGGAGCAGAGAACAUCCUGUGUGUUCAUUCUACAACAUCCUGCUUUGCUCCCCGGGUCCCUGACAGGCUUGAAGAGCUGGCCGCUAUGUGUGCUAAACACAGCAUUCCUCACAUAGUCAACAAUGCUUAUGGAGUACAAUCAUCCAAAUGCAUGCAUCUCAUACAACAGGGGGCUCGUGUGGGAAGAAUCGAUGCCUUUGUUCAGAGUUUGGACAAGAACUUCAUGGUUCCAGUAGGUGGUGCCAUAAUCGCAGGUUUUGAUGAGUCUUUCAUACAGGAGAUAAGUAAGAUGUACCCAGGUCGAGCAUCAGCUUCACCCUCACUUGACCUCCUCAUUACCCUCCUCACUGUAGGAGCCAGCGGCUAUAAGAAAUACUUAUCAGAAAGAAAGGAGAUUUAUUCGUUCCUGGCUCAGGAGCUGAAGAGCCUGGCUUCUGCACAUGGGGAGAGAUUGCUUCACACCCCACAUAACCCCAUUUCUUUGGCCAUGUCUCUAGAUGGUCUCCAGGCCCAAAGCAACAAAGCAGUGACUCAGCUGGGCUCCAUGCUGUUCACCCGACAAGUGUCAGGAGCCAGGGUAAUCCCACUAGGCAAGGAUCAGACCAUUAACGGACACACGUUCCAUGGGUUUAUGUCGCACUCAGAGUCGUACCCCUGCCCUUACCUCAAUGCUGCCUCAGCUAUAGGCAUCACUCGGGAAGAUGUGACACUGUGCAUCAAAAGACUUGACAAAUGCUUGAAGACGCUAAAGAAAGAAGGAACUGCAGCAAGAAGCGGCUCUCCAGUACCUCUGGAAAACCAGGAGGUUGCUGAUGGAGAACGACUGGGCUGAGAUAUAAAAAAUUCAAGUCAAAGUUUGACUGUUUGCUGCCUGAAACCACUGUUACCUGAUUUAGACUGUUUAAAUGGUAAGUUUGGAUGGAUUUGCCAUCAGGAUAUAUUAAUAAUGUCAUUGAAUGGUGACAGCUGGUAAUGAAAUUUUGCACAAGUGUUCUUUACAAACAAAAAUUACACAAUUGAUUCUUUCUGUUUCAUGAAGGUUAGUCAUAGUCAAUAACCGUUUGUUGUAAUUGGAAUAAAAUCUCCAAAAAGACUGCUGAUAUAUUGUUUGCACAUGUUAAAGAAGCAACACCGGUUGCAGAUCUGUCAUUUGCAAAUGAUUUUAUGUUUGUAAUUGUUCAUAAUUAAAGGCAUCUAAUACUGUAGAUUCUAGAUGAAAUAUUUUAAAAGCAUCUGGCAGACAGAUGGUUUAUAAUUAAUGUUUGUUCUGUUUUUGGAAUACAUUAGGACUUCCCACUCAAUACAUGAAACAAAAUAGCUUUAUAUCGCAGAAGGUUGUACAUUGGAGUUGUAAUGGGAUACAAAAGCCACUGAGCCAUUAACUCCAUCUGAACCCCAUAUAUUGGAUUAGCUCUUUACUUUCAGUCUCUGUACUAGAACACAAGGAACACAAUCAAUGAAGGACACUAAACAUAGAUUACUAUGUGUUUAGUGAAGGAAAUGUUCAUGUUUGUCUGUAUUAAACCAUACUACAUUAAACAUCGUAUAGUGGUGUGUUGUGAUAGGAUGAAAUUCGAUUACUUUCAGAACUGAUUGGAUCUUGAGUCAGACAUGAACCUCUGCUCUCUAAUCUCUGUCCAGAGUAGGAAGUGCCCUGAGGAACAAAAUGCGAAGCGGCUACCCAUAGACCCGCACUGGAAAUACUGUUUGUCAUAAUUUCUGCAUCUGUGUGAGGUGCAGACAUCAGUUUUUCUGCAGGUGAAAAAAUGUAUAGCAACAGCAGAACCAAUCCACCCAGCAGCAUUUGAAAGAGGGCUGAACUCGGAUAAUUAUGCCGUUGUAUCAGCACAUUUUCACUGUUCCCAAGCUGUACUGAACCAUUAAGAAAACAUAGUGGAAAAACACUGCUGUGAUGGCCCCGACACAAUGCAGCAUUCUAAAAAAGAGACGUAGCUUUCACAAAAAUGAGAAGAUGUUGCACUGUAUCAGCCUGUGUUUAGGAGAUGUGAGCUGAACAUGAUUGUAAUGAAUGUUGCUGAAUGUGGUUUAAAUGCACUUGAUUAUAAACAAAGGUGUCUGUCUUGUAA